GUGACCGUAUGUGCCUCCAACCUGAAAGAACAAUCAGUCAAAUCACAGCGCAGAGAGUGAAUACACGCACAAGGUGCUGACUUUAACAGGCAGACAUGGCACAGGCUUUCAACAUGGGUCUGGAGAGAUAUGACAUGAGUGGGAAACGAGAAGCACUGAUGUUGUGUGUGAAGGAGGGAAAUGACGGUGCCGUCGGAGACCUUCAGAUAAUGGAAACAUUUUUCAACGAUUUUGGUUUUGUGCAUGAAAUUGUGAUUGACGGAUCUGUCCAGGAAAUGAGAGAUAAACUGAGAUCCUUCAGAGACAGAAUCAACCGCAGUCAUGAGGACAUCAGCUGUGUGUUUGUGGUGACCUCUUCCCACGGAAACCGCAACGUCAUCAUAGAUCCAUGGGAAAAUACAUUGGAAGUGGACGAAAUCAUUCACUGUUUCAAUGAUCAACAGUGCCCCAAGCUGAGGGGCAAACCAAAGGUUUUCAUGCUUGAUGCCUGCAGGGGACACAUGGAAGACCCCGGUGUGUGUGCUGAUAAAGAGAGAGAUUAUCACCUGAUGGCUCAGUUGAGUGCACAGAUGGAAACAUACGAUCACAGAGCCUACAUGAACAAGUUUCGGUCACCACUGAUUCCUCACAUGUUUGUCGCUUACCCAACAAAACCAGACUUUGUGGCCUGGAUGACAAAUGCAGGAUCACAUAUGUUCGUCAAACUGGCCGAGGUGCUUGCAUCAGCUGACACAGAGAAUGAACAUCUGCGGGACCUGUUUGUGAAGGUGAACAAAAAGAUGGUUGAUGAAGACACCUACACCGAAAAUGGGAUCAGAAAGACCGUAAUGACCGUUGAGUCGACCCUCACCAAAGCGCUCUACUUGGGCAGAAGAAGAUGCUCAGGUUUCGGUGACAUGUACACGUCACAGUUACCGUCUCUGAUGUCAGAAUUUUUCUCACCCACUUUCUUUGACUUUCCUUUUAGAUUUUGACCUUUUAAGAAGAUUGAAAGCCCUGGUUUCUCCAUCAGAUUCUUACUAUUCUUACUUUUCAAUGAGAUUACAUUGUUAGGACUGUAAAUACUGAUUUACA